AUGGAUGCACGGCUUGGAGUGCAUGCUCAUUCCCCUGCGGAGGAUGUGGUGUAUCUAGAAGAACGUAGUUGCAACGGUGUCCAACAAGCGGUAUACUGUAACAAGCAACCAUGUAACUUCAACUUCUGUUGCCAGCCAUUCUAUUACGUCAACCAAGGCUACUGCUUCUCUCCUUAUUACACCGAUACCGUUAUUGAUGAGGAAGAAAGGCUGAAACUGUUUGGAGAGUAUGAGAAUAACUUCAGUGGCGAAGGAAGCGGAGAAUUGGAAGGAAGUGGGCAGAGUGAAGGCAGUGGACUCAUUGAAGGCAGUGGAUUCUAA